AUGGUUUUUCGUCUCUCGGCUUUCAGAGGAGCCACUUUGGACUUGGCCACUAUACCAUGUCAGGAUAAGGAUGCUCUGGCCGUAAAGACAGGAGGAAUUCGUUUUCAACGCAGUAAAGGCCAACACAUUCUCAAGAAUCCACUCCUUAUUCAAAGCAUCGUUGAAAAGGCUGGCGUAAAGUCUAUUGACACGGUUCUCGAAGUCGGUUCUGGCACAGGGAAUCUUACGAUGAAGUUGUUAGAAAGGGCCAGGAAAGUUUGUGCCUUCGAAUUGGAUCCCAGGAUGGUUGCUGAACUCCAGAAAAGGGUCCAGAAUACAAAGCUUGAGAUAACAGUUGGUGACGUAAUCAAGGCGAAAAAUUGGCCUAAGUUCGAUUUGUGUGUUGCCAAUUUGCCCUAUCAAAUCUCGUCCCCUUUCAUCGGUCGUUUGAUCACCGUUGAACAUCACUUCCGCGCCGCCGUUGUGAUGCUUCAGAAAGAGUUCGCUGAUCGGCUUCUAGCUCAGGCUGGCUCAAAAAUCUACUGUCGUCUUUCAGCUAACGCUCAAUUUCAUUUCAAAAUCGCCCAAUUAAUCAAAGUCAGCCGGAAUAGUUUUAAGCCGCCACCCCGCGUCGAUUCUUCCGUAAUUCGAAUCGAACCCCGUCACCCUAAACCGCCAGUUUCCUUCGCCGAAUGGGAUGGUCUUCUGCGCCUAGUUUUCCAUCGGAAGAACAAGACCAUCGCGUCAAAUCUUAAAAGCGACGCGAUUACAGCCUCCCUUCGCAAAAACUACCUUUCCCUUCUCCAGAAACAGAAUGAGGACUCUGGUGAAUCGUCUUCCCCGGAUCCCCCGGAAAUUGCUGAAGAGGGUUCAACCGGUUUAGAAGCGAUGCAUACGAAGGUCCGUCAAAUUCUUCAAAAAUCUGGAUUCCAGUCGUCCAGAGCUAGAAGUAUGGAUGAGGACGAUUUACUACGGCUACUGCUCGCUUUUCGAAAGGCGGGAGUCCCCUUCGCUUAG